CUACGCUAGGCUAUUCAACAUGUCCCCUAAGAGUCGAUUCCCCGGCGAAAAUCUUCCUGACAAAAAACUUGGCCCCGUUGUCAGUACUCUUUCCGCUGCUGGACCGGACGGCUCCGCCAUUCUGCACGGCUCCCUCGUUACGCUCGAACCCUGGUCAGUAUCGAAUCACUGGACCAGUUUCUGGCGCAACCUCCAGCUACUCGAAAAUCCAUGGCUGAUGGAUUACUUCUCGUUCGACGAGGUCUAUUCGGAAGAGGAUAUGCUUAAACAAGUCGCACACGCAGCUGCAGAGCCAGACGUCAUUCUGUAUGCUGUUCUUGCUGAUCCGGCAUGCUUGGCCCCGACGAAAGGAACUGGGGGAAUGGAAAGCUCAGUCCGACAUAUAGAGGUCCUUGGCUUCAUGGCAUAUUCGCUGGCUGGUGCGAUGCACCGUGAGAUCGAGAUUGGAGCGUUGUUUGCGCCGGCGCUACAGCGGACGGCAGCGGCGACUGAAGCGCAUCAUACGAUGUUGAUGAAUGUGUUGGAGCCGACUGAUGUGCAGGGGGGAAGCUCUUUGCCGUAUCGGAGAGUGUCAUGGAAGUGUAAUAGUCUGAAUACAUCGUCUCGUAGGGCGGCGGAGCGGCUUGGGUAUGUGUAUGAGGGGACUUUAAGGAACCAUCAGAUUAUCAAGGGGAGAUCGAGGGAUACGAGCUGGUUCAGUAUUAUCGACACCGAGUGGCCGUCGAUAAAAAGUGCCUUGCAGAAGUGGUUGGUUGGCAGUAACUUCGAUAACCAUGGAAUGCAAGUAAAAGCGCUUGGCCAUAUUCGGGCUGAGUUGCUUUCAAUGGUCGGAUGCUCUGACGAGUAG